GCCAAAAUGGCUGCUCCAGAGCCCAGUUUCGCCGCGCGCUGCCAUUGGCUGGCUGCGCUCCUCCAUUGGGCGGGGUUUUCAGCAGGGUGGGGUCACAUGACUCGCGCAGAGCCAGGCUGAGCCAUUCCAAUAUGGUGGCCAGCUUGGCAGCUGUACGACUGGUGUUGAUGAUAUUGUUGUUCUGCGGGAUCAGGUUCGGCGCCUGCAGGCAGCCCGCCCCGCUGCUUCUGGGGCUGCGGCUGGAAGACCCGGAGGGUCUGGUGUGCAUGAAGGCUCGGGUCAUCUCUGCGCCGCAAGGGUCCACGUUCAAGCUCCGUCUGUUCGGGACUGGACUGAAUGGAAGCUGGCCGUGGGUCGCGUUCGCGGGGGCGGCCGCCGGAGAGGCCGGGGCCGACCCGUGCGCGCAGGAGUCCCGCCGCAAGGAGGCCUCCUUCGAGGUGACCGGAGAGUUCAGCCGAGACGAGGACAGCAGCGGCCUGAUCACGGUCCGGGCGCUGGAGGGGAGCAUCUCCCCUGGAGACGGAGGAGCAGGAGGGGCGGCGGCGCAGAGCCUCCGGAGCCUCCACCACCUGUGCGUGCUGAGCGGCGGGAAGUGGGCCUCUGUGGUCCCGGACAGGCUGCGGAUCAGCGCGGACAGCGCCGGGCCCGCGGACUCCGUCCCUCCGUGGGCUCUGGCCCUGCUGCUGGCGCUGCUGCUGCUCGUGUGCGCGGCGCUGAGGACCGUCCACCUGAGCUUUUUGUGGCUCGACCCCGUGGAGCUCUACGUCCUGCACAGCUGCGGCUCCGAGGAGGAGAAGCGCGCCGCCAAGCGGCUGCAGCCCGUCAGGAGGAGAGGGAACUUCUUGACGUGUUCUUUGCUGUUCCUGUGCGCUGUGGGACACUCUGUCCUGGGCAUGCUGUUUUACCGAGCGCUGGGCUCCAUCCUCCCCGCGGUCUUCCUCAGCGGCUUCCUCAUCUUCUUCGUGGCCGAGCUGCUGCCUCACAUCGUGUGUUCCGGUUACGGGUUCCAGCUGGCGCCUACUCUCACCUGGCUGGCCCAGGUUUGUAUGGUGGUGACCUGCCCCCUGUCCUGCCCUCUGGGACUGAUCCUGGACCUGGCUCUGAGGAGGGACAUCAGCACAUGUGGAAUAAGGGAGCGGGCCAUGGAGGUGAUCCGAACCAACGUCAAUGACCCCUACAGCGAGUUUGUUAAGGAGGAGUUCAGCCGUGGGACCCUGCGCAUUAAAACUGUGGAGGACAUUCUGACCCCGCUGAAGGACUGCUUCAUGCUGCCCAGCUCCGCCGUGCUGGACUUCUCCACCAUGUCAGAGAUCAUGCAGAGCGGAUACACGAGGGUUCCCAUUUAUGAGGAGGAGAGGUCUAACAUUGUGGAAAUCCUUUAUGUGAAAGACUUGGCUCUGGUGGACACGGACGACUGCACCCCCAUGACGACUAUCACAAAGUUCUACAACCACCCGCUUCACUUUGUCUUCAAUGACACCAAACUGGAUGCCAUGCUGGAGGAGUUUAAGAAGGGAAAAUCCCACAUGGCCAUCGUUCAGAAAGUGAACAAUGAGGGGGAGGGAGAUCCCUUCUACGAGGUGCUGGGAUUGGUUACCUUGGAAGAUGUCAUUGAGGAGAUCAUCAAAUCAGAGAUCCUGGAUGAAUCUGAUGGCUACGUGGACAGGAAAGUGAAGCGUCCGCUUGCAACCCUGGAGAUUCCACUGGAACCUCGCACUGUCCACGAGGAGUUUUCCCUUUUCAAGCCUCCUGAAGGAGAACCCAAGAUCCGCACCUCACCACAACUCCUCCUGGCUACGCACCGCUUCCUGUCCAGAGAAGUGGAACACUUCAGUCCUGGACGUGUUUCUGAGAAGGUUCUGUUCCACCUGCUCCGUCACCCCAGCGUCAACCAGGAAGUGCACUUUGACUCCAGCAACCGGAUGAGCCCGAGUCACUAUCUGUACACCCGCAACCACCCCGUGGACUACUUCAUCCUUCUGCUGCAGGGCCGCGUGGAGGUGGAGAUCGGCAAAGAGGGGCUGAAGUUUGAGAACGGGGCGUUCACGUACUAUGGCGUGUCUGCGUUGACGCUCCCAUCUUCUGUGCACCAGUCUCCAGUGUCGACCCAGCGUCACUCUCCCAGGGAUCCUUUUGAGUCCACAGAUGCGACGAGCCCCUCGAGCUACUGUCCCGACUACACCGUCCGUGCUCUCACUGACCUGCAGCUCAUACGGGUGACCCGUCUCCAGUAUUUGAACGCCCUCAUGGCCUCGCGUGUUGGUCAGAGUCCAGAUCCUCCUGAGAUUAAAAUCCUGCCGAACAGUCAGACCAAACUUCUCAAUGACCGAAACACCACACAAGCUGAAUCAUCUAUGGCUGGGACGUAGAAGAUUGUCUGUAGAUCUGUCCAUUCCUUUGUGUACUUUUCAUUGAAAUUAUUUUCUUUGGUUUGAACAAUAUGUGUACAUUUUAAUUUAAUUUGGCAGUGCCUUCUGUGUCGAAACUGCCCAGCUGACCUUUGCAUUGCCAUUCCCCACUUUUACUUGUUUAUGUGCCAAAGCAGUGUGCAAGUUCGGUCUAUAAGUAAUUGGACGAUGACAUCAUUUUGGAAAUGUGCAACAUGGCUGCUCAAUUAAGAUGUAAAUACUCAAAGCUGAAUGCUUUCUCUUAAUGUCUUUUUUUUAAUCCAUUGUGUUGGUGUGCAGAGCCAAAAUGAUGUUGGUGUUGUCCAGUAAUUACAGACCGACUUGUAUGUGUGUUUGUAUACUGAAGCAUCCGUCCAUUUGCAGCACAAAAUUAUGCUUUUGGAAGCUGAUGAAAAGCAGACUUGCACAUAGAUUUGUGCAUCAUUGGCAUGUAAGCUGUAAGGCACGUCCAAAUUUUAAUACCCUCACAUAUUGCUGUUUUCAUAGACGUGUGUUUAGACACGAAAAUAACACAACACAUUCACCUUUGACCUAUAAGCUCACUGCUUCUCAGUGAUACUGUAAAUAUCAGUACCACAGUGAGUGGAAAUGGCCCAGAAUCAAAGCAGGCUUUUUUUUUAUUUAAAGUGAAGUUUUUAUUGUGCAUAAGUAAAAAACCCACAAAGCUCAUUUUUUAGAAGUUUAUGGUGCAGAUUCGUAAUCGCAGCUGUGUUUCAUCAGAUUGUGUUCAAAGAUGUUCACAUUGUCAAAGGGAAACUGGUGUUUUCAACCUUGGGUCUAUUUGUAGGUGUUUUUUGGGUUCCUCUUUAUACUUGGGGCGAAGAUGAUUUUUAAUAAGUACAGUAUUGAUUUUGGAGUCUCUCCCUGCUUGUAUACAUAUAUCAUGUAUGUAAUGUGGAGGGCUUUCCAGUGUUCCAGAGACUCUGUGCCUGUGGAAUCUGAUCAGCGGAGCCGUGUCCUGCUUCCUGCUGGGCCUGAUGUUUGAGGAGCAGAGGACUCUCCCUUUGGAGUCUUUCGGCUGGAUUGCAGUAACAUACAGACCUUAUGGUCUGUGUCUGCUUUACUGAAAGAUGUUUGUAUUUUCUCAGCAUGAUGCCGUCAUUUCGGACCGUGUGAUUAUUGGGAAAAUCUUUUACUGCCAUUUACUUUGAUUUUGUUUAAGUGUAAAAAGUUAAUUGUGUGUGAAUGUAAACAAAUUAGUAUUUCUUUGUGCCACUUAAACUGAAUAAGAGGA